AAUGGAGAUGGAUGUGGAGCAUGAGGAGGAGGAGCAACAACAACAACAGCAACAACAGCAACAGCAGCAGGCAACAACAGCAGCGGUUGUUCAUCACAACGAUACACAAUUAACACAACAGCAACAACAGCACGAAGACAUGGAACUAGAUAUGAUGGAGGUGGAGGUGGAGGAGGAACAACAAGAGUUGCCGGUGUCUGGUGCUGUUGGUGCAAGUAGUCAGCAGCAGCAGCAAGUUGUUAAUGAUGACGACGAGAACAACGACAACGGUGAUGAUGAUGACGAUGACGAGGAUGAAGAUGAAGAUUAUGACUUCGAUGGCCCCAUUGUGGAGGACAGCGAUGCCACCAGUUGCAGUAGCUGUCGUCGCGCCGAUCUCGAGGAAGCUGAGUAUCAACAACAGCAGCACAUACUGGCAAUGGCAGCCGAGUCGUCAUCAGCAGCAGCAACGCCACCGUCACCGCCACCAGAUGUCGCUUAAAGCAACCGGAGAAUGGGGUGGUCAAGUGACGUUGCACGUUGCACGUUGCAAGUUAAUUGUCGUAUCGUGUAAAUAACAACAGCUUUUCUUUUAAGGCCGCCCAAAGUCGUAGGAGCUAAAUAACCUAAUGCAAUAGAGAGACACAUAGAAAUACACACAUAUAAACACACACGUACACAUACACGUUUAUACAACUGCUAGGCAUUACCAUUGUAUGAAUCGACUUAAGCAACAGUUGGACCAACGCUGUUUAGUUACUAUUAUAUUUCAUCAGUUUUCCUUAAGCCAAUUCCAAAUUCCUUUCCCCACCCCAUCCCCUCCACGUCCCAUUUAUACGCUUUAGGUUAUAUUUUUCUAUUGCAUUUUUUAUUAUUAUUUUUUUUUUUUUUUGUUUGUUUCUUCCCUCCCUAAGUUUUUGACAUACCAAUUGCAGAAAUGUAAAUUGUAGUUGUUUUAGCACGUGAAGAACAUUAAAAAACAAAAAAAAGAAAAAACAAAACCAACAAAAUGUAACAUACAUAAAAAUGGAAACAAAAAAAAAAAAAAAGAAAAAGAAAAACACAUACAAUUAUGCAUUUUGAUUUGAUUGUUUUAUUUGUUCGAUUAUUUUCACAUUCUCAUGUUCAUUUCAUAUUAAAUUGCGUCGUUUUUCUAAUUCGCCCAAUGGUUUUGCACACGUUGGUUUGAGUCUUGGCUUAGCAAGCGCAACAACCAUAUUAACGAGCAGCUACACAAUAUACAUACAUAUGAACACUAGCAAACAUAGCACAGGCAACAACCACCACUGCAACCGAACGAAUAAAAGCAAAACCAAAAACAUAAACAAUUUAAAUGAGACAAGACAAAGAACAUAAAUAUUUGACAGCAACAGCAACAACAACAACAACAAAUGGAAUACAAAACGAACUGUUUUCUUUUCUCUUGGUUUGGAUUCAAACUAAUUUGUCGAACGAGGAAAUAAAAGCAAGCAAAUGCUAAGCAAGUUGUUUUUGUGCUAAUAAAUUGGCAACCAAUAUUUUUGUUUGUACAAUAUACGAUAAAAAAGUGUAUAUUUGAAUUACUCUGGAGAAACGAUCCUCAUGAACCAAAUAUUGUUGUUGGAUUCGAGGAACUUUCCAAGAACUCAUUUUUUUUUUGCAGCUACCAAAACUGUACGACGUCGACGGUUUAGGCAGCACUGAUGAUCGGACAGAUCGAAGUUGUUUUUGCGUGUGUUUUUGUAUUGGUUAAUUUUGUGAAUCUCAAUGGGCUAAAUUGAGCAAAUAUUAUAUAAGAAAUAAAUAAAAGAUUUCCAUCCACAAUAGACAUUUGCAAAUCAGAAAGUAAACAAAUAAAUGCAAAAUGAAAAUAAAUAUCAAUUAAAGAAAAAACGAAACAAAAAAAAAAAAACAACAUUAUAAUUGUCAUCUUGUCGUUAUAUAAAUGUGUGCUCUAUGUAUGUUCUUAAAUACUUGAUUUAUUCAUCAGCAAAAUAUGCAAACUAAGUGGUGAACCCAAAAAGUAAAAACAAACGAAAAAAGAAAAACAAAAUGGAAGCAAAACAAACAAAUACAAUGAGAAUAUAUUAAAAGCAAAUUAAAUUGGUGUAAAUUAUGCAAAAGAAAGAACAUGAAAUAAGUAAAAGUAAAAACAAAAACUACUAAACAGCUUAAGCAUAACAAAAACAGAUACAACUACAAUACAUACGUAAUUUCCUAAUCAUACAACCACAGCAACAGCAAGAGCAAGAACAACAGCAACAAUAAUAAGAAUGUGCCGGCAUUUUACAACACAGACAAAUGGAAAUCACACACACACGCAACACAAACAAACAAACAAACAUGAUAUUGUAUUUGCCGUGACUUUUUCGUACACCGCACCUCUGCUAUAAUAUAUUUACGUUUUAGAUUUUUGCUGCACGUUUUCACACAACUAUUUAUGCUAACGGCUACACACAUCCACACACACACACACACACUCGGGAAAUAUUACCAAACUAGAAACAACAAAAACAAAACAAAAAUAACAAGAACGAAAUGUAUGUUUUCUUUAAAUGACUAUACAUAUACAUACAUAUUAAAUCCCCCUCCCCCCUCCAACAGACAUACGAGGACUUCUAAUAAGUGUUUAUAUAUACAUACAAUACAUAUUAAAAGAUAAAAGAGCAUAAUUUUUUUGUCAUAAAGCAAAAUAUUUGUGUGCUAAAAAAAAUACAAAAACAAAAGAAGAAGAAGCAUAAGAAACCAAUUUUUGAUGUAAAACUUCAACGGAAAACAGGACAAAGCCCGAAAGGGAGUGAAGUGAAAUGAAUUGUAUUGUAAUGCUAAGGAGUGAGAGGGAGACAGACAGUUGGUCAGCGGGUGAGAUUCAUUUUAGUUAGGUUCUGUAUUCGUUGAUUUUUUGUGCGUUAGGCAACACUGUAUUCUUUGUUUCCUUCCUCAAAACUCAAAGCUUGUAGCUGCCAUUUCUUUUUGAGUAAACACAACAAAAAAAAAACAAAGAAAAA